CUCUCUCUCCCCCCAGCUCUAACCUAACCACAUGAUCCAUGCCAUUGCAAUGUGAGUCGAUGAAUCCUAAUACAGGCAAGCGCGGAUUUCGCCUCAACGAACUGAUCUGGAAAUACGACCCCACUUAUAAAACACCGAGAGAACUUAACAUCAGCACCCCGAAGGAGCAGCUGGCUAAAGCUGUUCAUCAGUGCGGACUGCCUGAUGUGGAGGCAAGUUUAUAAAAUGCUACUGUUCCUGUCCUCGUCACUGUACUUAGUGAGCGGCUCCUUACUGACCCCGUCCAGAGGGGACCUGUACACAUCCAUCGUCAACAUCCAGGAGGAGAUCGCCGUGGAAAAAGUGCUUUUGCAAAAUUUACAGACUUAUAUUGAAAAUGAGAUCUAUAGAAUGGACGACCUAAAGCGAUUUUAUGAAAAAGUAAAAACACUGCAUAACAAUGUUUACCAGGAAUCAGUGACCGCGAUAUCAAACCCUCUGUUUGCCUAUACCCUUAUAAAGAGGUUGCAGGUGGACUGGCAAAACAUUGUGUACAGCAAUGAAGCCAUUGAAAAUAUUCAAGCACUCAAGGCUGAUUUUGAGAAGAUCAAGGAGCAACUCCCAAAACCCGAGGACCUCAAGGGAGCUGCCAAGGGUUUGAUGAGGCUACAGGAUGUGUAUGCCCUAAGCACAAAGGGGUUGAUCAAAGGGGAGUUUCUACAGAUAACUGGAGGAGAGGUUUCCAGUAUCUACAGGCCAAGUCUAUCCAGCACCCUUUCAGCAGAUGACUGUUUUCAAAUUGGAAAGGUUGCCUAUGAUACGGGCGACUAUUAUCACUCAGUUAUUUGGCUAGAGGAAGCAGUGACUCUUUUCCGACAAAGUAUAGGAGUCUGGAAUACUGAAGACCAAGGAAGUCUUGAGGAAGCUCUGGAUCACCUGGCUUUCUCUCAUUACAUGAUAGGAAAUGUCGGUCAUGCCAUGAUUCUCUCUAAAGAGCUGCUACAGCUUGAUACAAACAAUAGAAGAAUUGCCAAGAACAUACUAAAGUAUCAAAAAAUCUUGGGAGACUCUGCAGAUGCUCAACCAAAGGACGUUGUGCUUCAAAGACCAAAUGUGACUUACCUACUGACCAGGGACGUCUAUGAAUCACUGUGCCAGAAGCUGGGCUCACAGCCAACGCACUAUCAAGAUUCAAAACUUUAUUGCUCCUAUGAGUCAAACCUCAGUCCACACUUGAUUCUCCAGCCUGUGAAAAGAGAGAUUAUAAGCCAGAAGCCAUAUGUUGUACUGUACCACAACUUUAUCAGUGACUCUGAGGGAAAGAGGAUAAAGGAGAUUGCUGCUCCCUGGUUACGGAGGUCAGUGGUGGCCUCGGGAGAGAAACAGACCGCCGUGGAAUAUCGGAUCAGUAAGAGUACCUGGCUCAAAGAAACCGUGGACCCAGUGAUCAGCAAGCUGGAUCUACGGAUUGCACACCUCACAGGCUUAAAAGUGCAACAGCCUUAUGCAGAGUAUCUCCAGGUAGCGAACUAUGGAAUCGGAGGUCACUAUGAGCCACACUUUGACUACGCAACGUCACCGAACAGUUCACUGUACAAGUUGAAAUCUGGAAACAGGGUGGCAACAUUCAUGAUAUAUUUGAGUGGAGUAGAAGCUGGAGGGUCAACUGCUUUCAUUUAUGCUAACUUCAGUGUUCCCGUUGUCAAGAAUGCAGCACUGUUUUGGUGGAACCUUCACAAAAAUGGACAAGGCAAUGCAGACACACUACAUGCUGGCUGCCCUGUGCUGGUUGGUGAUAAGUGGGUGGCUAACAAGUGGAUCCGAGAACAUGGGCAAGAGUUUCAAAGAAGGUGUGGAAUUGACCCAAAUGAGUAAGAAACCCAGCUGUCAUGGGUCCUCUUGGAGUGCAAGAACCUGUGCUGUACAUGGAGAGGAGUGGCACCAUAUGUUUCUGAAAUAAAGACUGGGAACUCAAGAGUUGCCUGGACUGGAGUGAGGAAACAUGACUUGCAGCCAAACCCACUUCAGUACUGUUGUUAACUCCAGGCAAUAAAGCUCUUCAUCUGUGGAAAACAUUCACCAUCAGAAUGAGGAUUCAUUGUUAUAUAUAUCCAUUUAUUCUGUCUCUGACUGCAGCCAAGACGGAAAUUCCUACUGAAGAAAGUUUAAAGUCAGGUGUACCAGACAUGGAAAAACUGCAAAGUGAAAAGUAAAAUGAACUAUUCGCACAUGUAGUUCUAGGGUAGGAGAAAGAAAAAAUAACUCCUUGAAUAAACAAGAACGGAGAUUAAUUUAUAAAAGAAACUCACUAAAACAGACUUAAAGAUACAAACUGCUCUCAUGCAUUUCUGAGGAUAACCUCCAUAGGGAAUUAAAUGUGAAAUGAAGUGGAACAAAGCUUUUUUUUAAUAUUAUUAAAUGCUUUCAAUAAUCUAAGAGUGAUUUGAUUUUGUGAUGCACAUCUAGACUCUUGUAUAUCCAUUCCUGCCUCCAACCUUGCCUUGAAAAAGUAUUGCAAGGAAGAUAUUGAACUUACCAAUUUUUUUUCUCACUGUAUUUUUCACAUCUCCUCAGCAACUGAAUUAUUCUGAAUUUUGGGUUGUCAACUCAGGUGGUCAUUUUCUUGCAGAAUUCAUCACAUAACCUCCUCCAAAUGCUCUACCCUACUUCCGGCCAAUGGUCAGCCAACAGCUAUACUCAUGGUGAAUCCCACCUCUCUCCCCAUGCAACUGGAAAAGGAAAUACAUUUGAUUAUUUGACUGAGAGUCAAAAAUUAUCCAACCUUUUAUUUCCUGAUGUCCAAUCAUUUUAUAACUGGAAAGCAAAAGCAAUUAAAGAUAUUUAUUAAAAUAACAUUACUUAUUUCCCCUCCAAUUUUUUUUUCUCCUGAAUUCCUUGCAAUUGUGUAAUGGAAAGUAAUCCACAAUUCUUGGACCAUCAGAGACUUUUUCCCAGGGCGAAAAUGGCUCACACGAGGGGGCAUAAUUUUAAGGUGAUUUGGGGAAGGUAAAGGGGGAAUGUCAGAGGCAAGUUUCUUUUUGUUUUUUUUACAGAGUGGUGGGUGCAUGGAACACACUGCCAGCAGGGGUGGUGGAGGGAGAUACAUUAAGGACAUUUAAGAGACUCUUAGAUAGCCACAUGAAUGACAAAAAUGGAGGGCUAUGUGGGAGGGAAGGGUUAGACAGAUCUUAGAACAGGAUAAAAUGUUAGCACAACACCGUGGGCCAAAGGGCCUGUACUGUGCAAACGGCUGUAAUGUUCUAUGUUCAUCCUGGAGAAUUGCCAACCCCAGGACUGGGACUACCUGUUAUGCAAGUUUAUCUUUUAACUCACCAUGGCGACUAGAUGCUAAGUGAAGAAUGAUCUGGAAAUAGUACUAAUUUAUACUAGUACACCCAAUGAAUUGGGAUAACAAAUAAUCUAAACAUCAUGCACAGCAAAUUCACGAUUUCAUAGUCUAAGCAUUGGACAGCCAAGUCUCUCUUGGUCCUCAACCAUACAGCCUAAAUAUUGAAUUGCUUUGCAUCUUGUGUUAUUUCAGCAUGUCUAACUGAGAUUGUAGUUCCUGUUGGCUCUUUGGCUUCAGUCCUUAUGAAGACAAAUAAUGGAGCUAGAACUAUGAACAAAGCAUCCUUCAUUGAAGGCAGAAAACCCCCAACUGACAGCAGUCUCCAGUACAACAAUGCAUCAAAACUCUUACCAUAUGUUACACUCAGUUCUUAAAAGGACACUUGCACUUCAAUACAGUACAGGGUUCAUCCUUUGGGGAAAGGCAUAACAGAAUGGAAAACACGACAGAGGAGGAUGGGAAAAUAGAUAUAGUUGGCAAAAGGAAAAUGUUUUAAUCGGGCAGUGCUGUAACACAGAAAUGGUGGGCUAACGACUGCUUACAUCAUUGGGCAAUUGGUGAAUUUCAUGAGGAUUGCCGUGUAGCUCCAAGUCUGAUUUACUUUCUCCACUUUCCCACGGGGUAAUUCUCUGAUUAGCAGCCAGGCCAUUUGUCAAGACACAGCAAGCACAGUUCACAUCUGAGACUGUCUGAUUGUCCUACUAUAAUUUCGAAGCUUUGGAACUAUUUUGAAUAAUACCAGUAAGGUCACUACAGCUUUUUUUUUUAAAAAAAGGUAUCUGGAUAACAUUCUAGAGCAAUUACUUAAAAAGUCACAGAUGGAGAUGUGGGAUCCUAUUGAGUGCAUCAAUAAGCUCCUUUUAGAAGUAUUCUGGUAGAUCCUGGGGUAGGAUAUAUCCAUGUCAUGAAUGAAAUAACAGACAAUGCUAGAAAUACUCAGCACAACCAGAGUUAAAUGUUUCAGAAUCCCUCACUUUCAUUAGAACUGACCAAGGGUGUGUGAAACAUUAACUGUUACUCUUUCCCCAGAUGCUACCUGAGCUGCUGAGUGUUUCCAGCAUUUUGUUUUUAUUUCAGAUUCCCAACAUCUGUAG